GGGCAGGUCAGUGGGCGGGGUCCGGUGCACCUGUGGGGCAGGUCCAGCGUUGCCCGGCACCGGCUUUGGGGACCAGGGGAUGAGGGGUAUGUUGAAACGUGUGGCUGCACAGAGCUCCGAACCUCUCAGAGAAUGGAAGCACAACUGCAAGAGUGUGAAUUUUCAAAGGAAAGAGGUCUCCAGAUUUUAGGAGCCCCGCCAAGACCAGAGACCCCUCCAUCAAAUAAAGUCAAACUGAACCUGGACGUGACCCAGGCAGCCUGCGGCUGCCACCCUGAAGCAGCCCCCGGACUCCGGGCCGAGGUGGAGCCCUGACUCGCUUCCAGCUCCUCCACUCAAAGAGCUGACAUGACACUGGCCAUGGACCAGCCAGCUGGCCUGCAGGUGGACUACAUGUUCCGGGGUGUGGAGCAUGCCGUGCGGGUGUUGGUGUCCGGGCAGGUACUCGAGCUGGAGGUGGAGGACCGGAUGACGGCUGACCAGUGGCGGGGCGAGUUCGAUGCCAGCUUCAUUGAAGAUUUGACUCACAAGACAGGGAACUUCAAACAGUUCAACAUCUUCUGUAACAUGCUGGAGUCAGCCCUGACCCAGAGCAGUGAGUCGGUGACCCUUGAUCUACUGACCUACACGGAUCUGGAGUCCCUGCGGAACCGCAAGAUGGGGGGUCGCCCAGGCCCCUUGGCCUCGAGGUCGGCCCAGCUCAACUCCAAGCGCUACCUGAUCCUCAUCUACUCUGUGGAGUUUGACAGGAUUCACUACCCGCUGCCCCUCCCGUACCAGGGCAAGCCGGACCCUGUGGUCCUUCAGGGCAUCAUCCGCUCGCUGAAGGAGGAGCUGGGUCGCCUUCGAGGUCUGGACGGCCAGGACCCUCGGGACACCAGGGAUUCUGAGAUCUGGCACCUGCGGGAGCAGGUGUCGCGCCUGGCUUCUGAGAAGCGAGAGCUGGAGGCCCAGCUGGGCCGAUCGCGCGAGGAGGCUCUGGCUGGGCGGGCGGCGCGCGAGGAGGCCGAGGCGCUGCGCGGGCUUGUGCGCAGCCUGGAGCUGGAGCUGCGGCAAGAGCGCGGUCUCGGGUACCGCGGGUCCGGCCGCCGCAGCCAGGACUGCCGCCGCCUGGCCAAGGAGCUGGAGGAGGUGAAGGCGUCGGAGCGGAGCCUGCGCGCCAGACUGAAGACGCUGAACAGCGAGCUGGCCUCGUACCGGAGGGGGAGACGGACUCCGCCAGUGGUGCCUCACCCAGCCCGGGAGGGCCGGGCUUCGUCGUCCCGGGAGCGCUCCACGUCCCGUGGCCGCGGCGCCGCCCGCUCCUCAUCGAGGGAGAGUGGCCGCGCGGCCCGGGGUCGAGGCCGCCCUGCCUGCCCCUCGCCCUCGCCCAUAGGUGGUCGCAUGCCUCGUUUUGACCCCACAGCCUUUGUGAAAGCCAAGGAGAAGAAGCUGAGAGAGAUCAAGAUGAAGCAGCAGCGGCAGCGGAACCGACUGGGCAGUGGAGGAAGCGGGGACGGGCCGUCUGUCUCCUGGGCUCGCCAGACUCGUCCCCCUGCUGCCGUGACCGGCCGAGGGGACGCAGCUAACCGCUUCCGAAACCGCAGCUCCUCGGUGGACAGUUUCCGCAGCCGCUGCUCGUCUGCCAGCUCCUGCAGCGAGUUCGAAGAUUUCUCUGAAUCCCUUCCUAGAGGCUCUCGCCGGCGCCUCGGGAAGACCCCCAGUCCCACAACCUUGAGUGGGUCCAAUACGAAGUCCACCCCCUUGGGACGUGGGCGCCGUCAGAGACACCUGGCCAAUUCUGGGGGCUGGGUCCCCAUCAAAGAGUACAGCUCCGACUACCAGGCCGCUGACAUGGCGGAAAUAGACGCCCGUUUGAAGGCCUUGCAGGAAUACAUGAACCAACUGGACACGCGGUCCUGAACUGGUAGAGGGAUCACUGUCCCUCCAGCCCCUAUCCACCCUGGAUUUGGCGUGUUGGAGGCGGGGCUGGUGUGUCCUUCCAGCGCCACCCAGGCCCGCCCCUCCAGGUGCUCUUGGGGUCUCAGGUGUGUGAGGCCCUUACACACACCUCCAGCUCCCUCAGGCAGUGCAUGCUGGGAGGGAGGGUCUGUGCCUUUUGUAAAUAAACGUUUUUGUA